AUGGAUAAACCUGAAUGUAGAUACGGUGCCGAUUGUUAUCAAACGAAUCGGGCGCAUAAAGAUAAAUAUGCGCAUCCCUCGAAAUCUACAAACGAUGUCUCAACAAUGGAAGCUUCUUCCGUGCAACCGACUGACAGCUUGGUCAACAAACGGACGGCUGAAGAAAGCGAACGGAAUUUGGAGGACAUUAAGCGGUGUAAACGUCCUCCGACCCCAGAACGAGAUGUGCAUAAUGCUGAGGAAGAAGACGCUAGUUCCGAAUAUCAUGGUAUAUCUCGACAACGCUACACUUUGCCGAAGCUUCCAAUGAGCGUUGGAAUGAUGAGUGAUUUGUACGAUCCACAAAUUGAAUAUUCCAAGCAAGCUGAGUACAAGGAACUGUGCGAUGACCCAAGGAAUUUCAUCAAACACAAGUUUCUGGUUGAAAUGGCACUGUGUUUCGAUAACUUGUGGAUGUUUUGUACCGAACAAUGUGUCAAUGGAAAUGUUAAGCCGGAAGAUGUAUUUUUGCAGUUUGGGCUAAAACUGGUCGGCCCGUACGAUGUACUAGCUGGAAAGUUUAAGGAUGUCAAAAUUCAUGAGCCUGGAGAUUAUUUACGACAUUGGCGUUUCUACUAUGACCCUCCAGAAUUUCAAACAGUGAUGGUGCAAAAAGGAACUGGCGUACAUUACGGAUACUGGCGAGAUAGCCCCGAUGAUGUGAAUGGCUUAGUGGCUUUUAACGAUGCCAAAAAGCGGUGUGAGUUUAAAAUUGUUGGCGAAAACAUAUUCGAUGGAUUAAUGCACUAUUUGGAACACAUUGCAACUGUUACUCCAUUUAACAAAAUUAAAAUAAUAGAAAUGAAGAAGCAUAUCAAUGCAUGGACAUUGAAACAAGGGAUAUGCUUGAAAGCAGAUAUCAAGCAAAAAGCUCGCAGCAAGCUUAUUGUGUGUAAAACAUUCCAUAAAGUCGGGUUAGUAGUACCUUACGAUAGAAAGUCGAACGUGGGCUAUAGGCCACUGAUGGAGAGUGAUGCCAAUCUUCGUAGUAUCCUAUCAAAGUUCGACCUGCUUGAUCGUUCGUCGGAUAACAACAAAUAUCAAGAGGCAAUGAAAGAGUUACAACCCGUUAUUACGGCUGCAAAUCUGGCGGUGGACGAAUGUGACUUUGGAACAAUUCUUGAGCUUGCGAUUGAUUUAUUCUGUUCCGGUGCGCAAUGUUUGUCGGAAGUAAUGAAGUCACUUUUUUUCACCGGUUACUCUAUGGCUAAACGUCCGCAAUAUAUAGCAAUCAUUAAGUCUCAUUUGGACAAACGUAAUGAAGGAAUUGGUUUGGAUUUGUUGGCGAACGAUUAA